AUGAUGAUGAUGCCAAUUCAGCCAGAAAUUGAUACAGUUAGUAUCAAGAAGCCAGUUAAAUUCCUUACACACUAUACAAGUGAUGAUAUCUCAAAGAGAAUUAAUGAAGCAGGUGUCCAUGUAAACAUUGUUCAAUACGUUCUUUUUGGUGUACUUGGAAAUGCAUUCAAGAAUACCGAAUUACUUGAUCUCGCUGUUAAGGUUUCUCAAAAGCUCGGCAUUUAUAUUGAUAGAAUGGCAAAAAGAAACAAAACAGCCUUAUUAUGCUGGUUUGCUGAGAAUUGGAUGGCAAUUUAUCCAUACUUAUGCUCACAAAAUAUGAUCCACUCUCAGAAACAUAUCGGUAAUAAUAUUAUUAUUGGCGAUCUGAAGCAAAAUGUUGUUAAGAAAGAAAUUGAUCCAACCAAUGUUUUACAGCUUCUCAACCACCAUUAA